UCCACACGUCUCUCUCUCUCUCCAUUCCUCUUUUUAGAGAGAGGUUUUAUGGCGGUGGAGCUCAUGACUAGAAAUUACAUCUCCGGCGUCGGAGCCGAUAGCUUCGCUCUUCAAGAAGCGGCAGCUUCAGGACUCAAAAGUAUGGAGAAUUUUAUUGGUUUAAUGUCUCGUGAAAGUUCUAACUCCAGCCAACCAUCUUCUUCUUCCUCCGCCGCCAUAACCGCCGCCGAUCUGGAAUCAGCUCGUAAUACGACGGCGGACGCGGCGGUCUCGAAAUUCAAAAGAGUCAUAUCUCUCUUAGAACGGACUCGAACCGGACACGCCCGGUUUAGACGCGCUCCGGUUAUUUCUGCAAUUCAAGAAAGUAAACCGACGCCGUUUCAGGCUCCGCCGCAUAUCCCUAAAGUUUCGUUUGUUUCACCAAUCAAAACCAUCGAUUUCUCCUCUCUCUCCUCUGUAACGACGGAGUCAAAGCACAAAACCCACCAUCACCGUCCUGAAACGACGCCGUUUGCGACUCAAAGCCUCUCUACAACAGUUUCUUCUUUUACCAAAUCAACAAAGAGAAAAUGUAACUCAGAGAACAUUGUCGCCGGGAAAUGCGUAUCUGCGUCCUCCGGUCGUUGUCAUUGCCCCAAGAAAAGGAAGAUAAAACAAAAGAGAGUAACUAGGGUUCCGGCGAUAAGUGCAAAACUCUCCGAUGUUCCUCCAGACGAUUAUUCAUGGCGAAAAUACGGACAAAAACCAAUCAAAGGAUCUCCUCAUCCAAGAGGAUAUUACAAGUGCAGUAGCGUAAGAGGUUGUCCAGCUCGUAAACAUGUGGAGCGAGCAGCCGAUGAUUCGGCCAUGCUUAUCGUUACAUACGAAGGUGAUCAUAAUCAUUCUCUCUCCGCCGCUGAUCUAGCGGGCGCUGCCGUAGCUGAUCUCAUUUUGGAAUCGUCUUGAAAAAAAAGUCUUAAAGGCUUACGAUAUAAGAUUAGGGGCUCUUUAAUUUUUUUUCUGUUUGAAAUGACUGAAACUUUGAAUCAUGUAAUCAAAAAACUUUUGCAGAAGAUAUAGCUACUAUACUAAAAACUCGAUCAUAUUGCUUUCUUUUAGUUCUUUAUUUGUUUUUGAUAGAAAAAAUAUUGUUGUUUUGGGUUAGUUUUGAAUCAACUUUUUUACGUAUGACAUGGUUAAGUGCAAUUUGAAUUUGCCAAUUGCAACUAAAAGUUGGGUAUAGGAGAUGGGACAUGUGAAAUGGUCAAAAGAUUAGAAAGAUUUGGGACCAAAGUUGUCGUCUUUGACCAUAGUUUUUUAUUUCCCAAAAGGGUCCCUUUUCAACUUCUUUUUUUUUUUGUAACUUGGCUUAGCUUUUCAACUUCUUUUAUUAAUUAUUGUACACAAUUU